AUGUCUCUUAAAAAGCGACCACGUAGCUUGGCUAACCACCUCGGAGGCUUCGUGCUGCACUCGGUCACGCCACGAGAGUCGUCGAUUCUGCAGUACACGUCCAUGGUGUCACCGGGUACUCACACGGAAUACGAACUGGUGCUCGAAGACACUAUGGUAUCGGGUGUAGGAGAGAGAUGGGUCGUCUCGAGACGAUAUUCAGGUUUCAGGACGCUGCGAGACGACCUCGCGUUGGUAUUCGACCGACGCAACCACCCAGGAGCUGCGGUAGACGACAAACAAGCGCACUGUCAGCAUUGCGCGCCGAUGAUGGAGGCGCUGGACAAACUGAGCUCCAAAUACUUCCCGAAGCGACGACUAUGGGGCUCCAAGCGCUCCAAAGUUGUGCAGCAACGUGCAGAACUCUUCUUCAAGUACUUACAGGGGCUGCUAACACUCGCUACUAAUCGAUCUACUCGUCGCUGUCCGCUUGUGGCGCUGGGCUUCGCUGUGCAGUUACGAACGUUCCUCACGCUCGAGCGUGAGCCGUACCGGGACGCGCCGGGCACGUUCGGGGGCGGCGCUGUGCCGUUCCUACUUAACGAAAUGACCCUAAUGGACGCAAGGCCUGAUAAUGCCACGACGCUUAUGACUAUCGACGAGCUUGACGCUGCGUGUGCAGACUCCACGGACGGUGAAGCGGAGUGUAACGUCAACCAGGUGAUCGACUUCCUGUCCCCUGUCUACGUGCUGGAGGAACAGGAUGAACUACGCUCGUGGGACGGCUUCGAGCAGUGGGAAGAAGCCUCGGUCAAGCAGUAAUGCACCAUAGACAAGGUAAACUAAACACUCACACGUAUACUUAAGCCACAGCCAGCGCCGUACACGUACGUCACGUCCAUCGGAAGACUUUGACAAACAACGUGAACAGGCUUCAGUGCUGGUCUUAAUCCACUCAUAUUUCUGGGU